AUGCGCAAACUCUUUGGGCCGCAAACGAAAGACCGACUCCGGUUCGAAUUUGCCGCUCUCCCAACUCCGCCCCCUACGGAUUUGGAUGUACCGGAAGAAGACGUACAGUUCAAAUCACAGCGCAGACGUCCUCGUCGAAGAGCAACACUUCCAAGCCUUGUGUUAUCAACCGAAGAGGGGCGAGAGUUAGCGUCCAGGAUCGCGCAAGAAGGCUCGAGGGACGGAGAUGUCUCAUCGUCGUUGAUGGACAGAAAAAGCAUAGUAGAGCGUCCUUUGCAGACCACUACAGCCCAGCUCAAACGCCGCUCACGGAGUGCGUAUGCUCUUAGGGAAUCGGCUAGGGCACAUCGCAUGUCACCGAUCCAGUGGCGCCGGCGGAGCGAUGAGAUGAAGCUUUGGAGAGCUAGUUUUGGCAAAAAGGUUGAGCCUGACCCCGUUCUGGAUAGACCUGAAUCUCCAAUCACGACUGCAGAGGAAGAAAAUGAUCCUACGGAAAUUCGAGUUGAGAGCCUCGCGCCGAACGGUGAGCUGGGCCAGUUUGAUUUUGGGAAUUUAAUGUCGAAUAUGCAAGAGGACAACGAUGUCAACCUCACACAACGCGUGUCCACCCUCGAAGUGAAAUUGAUGGAUUUGGAAUUCGCGAUUGCAAAAAUGCAAGGAUCCAAUAUAUCUCCUAUUACGCCAUCCCCGAUACCACCACCAAAACCAAUGAAUAGUGCACAGAAUGCCGAUUCAGAACACCUUACUCCUCAGUUACCACAUCCCCUGCGCUCGUCACCUUACCAAGACACCGCACCCCCGCGAACAUCCCCCACAACCACAGACAGGCCUAUCAGCACGGCGACUCUACGUCCACAUACAGCCGCAGCCCAUUCGUCCCCGCCAAUCAGUCCAUACCCAUUCACCUCACCGGGGAUUUCUGUUGAGCAAUACAGCGCUCUCACAACCCUAGUCCGCAGAGAGCAAAGCGCCCGAAAACACCUUGAAAAGCAAGUUCUCCAACUCCAGCAAGAAGUGCAACAACUACGGGCCAGCUCUAGGUCUGGACAGGAUAGUUUCUUGCGGGCAUCAAGUCCGGAUUCUCGAUCUACUGCAUCGUCUCAGCGCGGCAAACAUGAUCGUAUGGAUUCGGGGAUGUGGAGACAGACCAGUGAGAGCAGCUACGGCCGAAGUAGCAAUGCAUCACCGGAGAGCUAUGCCAUGAAGUCGGAAAGUUCGUCUCACCGCAUGAAUCCGUUUGAUAAAAUAAUGGGGAGAGGCUAG